GCAGCAACAGCAACAUCAGCAGCAACAGCAAACUGUUCAAAGGUUUCUCAGAAUGCGAGGAAAGCGCCCUGAUCAGUCCAAUACGAAUUCGCAGCGUUCGUGUUUUCGCCUUCAGAACCCCUGUGAACUUCCCUCUAAUUCUGAUGGCUUGGAUCCUACGAGCGCUUGGCACAACAGUCGAUCGGGCGGUAGAGAUCUCUCCUUGCACAAUAGUAACUUUUUUGAAAACAGGAAAAGUUUUCGUGCUCCGUGCGGUGAUUUGCCUAAUUUCAAUAAUUUUGGAACCAACGAUCUUCAUCAAUUCUCCAUGAAAUGCCCUCGGAAGAUCAUCGAUAACUUUUGUGGUCAAUUACCGAAAGACCUCUGCCCACAGCGUUACAGUACUGAAAGAAAUAUUAACAACGAAGCCUAUUUUUGUUCUUUCAACCCCAAGUAUCAGAGCACACGUAGCCGAAGGUGUAGUGGAUUUAGAAGUCGUUUCAAUGGAGGACGUUUCACGUUGAAAUCAAAACCUGCGCGUCUGGAGACGAUCCCGGAAGUGUGCACGAAAUUUCCAGCGUCCGCUUACCUGCGCUCGUGCGUUCAGCUGGUCCCUGAGCCACUUACUGCAACGAACCGGAACGAAUUUCCAUUCAGAAAGAAGAACAAUACAAUGAUGAAAAAGUUCGCGGCCAAGUCUUCGCCGCUGAAAUCUGCACGCGAUCGGUCCUCCAGUGAACCCAACCACGUUGAGUAUCAGAAAGUUAUUAUAAUCAGUCGAGACACUCACAAGUACGGGGAGGCACAAUCAUCUCAGGACGUGUCGGGCACUAAUACCGACUCUGAUCAAAGUAAAGAAAACGGUCAGCAGCGGUUGGCAUCAGCUAAACCCUCGAAAAUCUCUGGAAUUGCACCCCUUCAAUCGGCUUUACUCGGUACUGAAUACCAUGCAAAGAUUAUGUCUGCCAGAGAAACACGUGGCUUGGACUCAGCUUCUGAAAAGCUGUCUCCAGUUCUUUUGAAGAAGCGAACAGAAUCUGCCCACUCGAGCGCGUUAAAUAACAAUAGAAACCAUGAUGAUGCAUCCAAUUUUGAUGACAAACCAAUCAUUCGUGUGUCUGGUAAGAAAAGACCCACAAGCUCAAGUGAACCGUCAUCAAUUUGUGUAAAGCAAGCGCGCGGCGCCUGCCAAGUCGGUCUUGUAGAAAAUACCUCCGGCCAAACCACUAGCAAAGGUGAAUUAGUACAAGACUUGGACGGAAGUGAGCGACCUCGGGACGGAGAUGCCGCGCCUCUAAGUAAGUCGACGAGAAAUGAAAAUGGAUCAGGAAAGUUCCAAGGUGGGCCACGUGUUCAGUUUCCUGACUGGUGUUUGGGAAACUCCCAAAAUGUGGAUGAGCCUUUCCGUUUCUUGGACGGUGUCGACGUGGAGUGGGAUGAGAAUGGUAAUAUUGUUUUAAAGAAGAAGAACAAUUUCAAUUGUGAGGUGGUAACGAGUGAGCAGGAUGAUUCGGACGUUCUCAAUCAAGAUGAACAAGAUUCGGAAAACGAAUUCGCUAAACUAACGACUGUUCGCAACGCCCAAAAUUCUCAUCUUGGAACAGUGAAAUUGACAACCGUGCCCAAGACUUCAGCGACUGAGGAAAAAAGCUCAAUGAAAGCUCGUGAAAAAUCGACGUGCUUGCAGGAAGUUUUAUUGGCUACAUCGAAUGAGGAGACCGAUAGUAUCAUUGCCGAUCUUGUUGAUGAAGUUACUCCAGUUGUUUCUCACUUUAAAUUACAAAAUCACGUAACACAAAGCAACACAGAAAAGAUUGUCCCAAAAGCACCUGACUGUCAUUCAAACCAUAAGCCUAAAAUAACGAAACAAAAACCCUCAAGAAGCUCUCUCAGGAAGAAAAGGGGUGGCAAUCGCCAACAUUCUAGCAGAGUCUCGUCAAACGAGAUAAAUGUUUCGUUAAGAAAAGAAAAAAGCUUCGAUUUGGAAAUGCCGAGCGGAACAGCCUCGAAAAAUGAAUUACUUACCGAUAAUGGGUUCUUCAGCAGCUUACGAUGCAAGAACAAACCUCAAGAGCUCUCUCGACUAGAUUCAGAAAUUAAAUUUGGCAUGACAGAGUCAAGUGUCUUUGAUGGAAUCUGUGACCGGCCUAUUUCUCUUCCUAAUUCUAGUGAUUGCUUGGAUGUAGAUGAAGUGAAAUGGAACGAGGGGACGCUGUUCGGGGAUUGCGAGUAUCGCGAUUGUCGUUAUAACCGCAGUGCUCUGGGACACAAAUGGAUUCGUGGAAUGCCGGAUAGAAACUUCUCAAAUAGUUCGCCGCGCCUGUUGCCCUUCACUGAUGAUCCAUUCAAUAGGGCAAAUGUACUUGAUUUUUAUAACCCGAGUAAGAAAAAUGCUGCCAAACACCGCUGCAGCGAUCAAGCGGCGAAAAGCGGGUCUCGGAACAGUUUCAGAGGUCAAGUAGACAAGCAACAUCAACGUAAACUUGACCUUAUUCAGCCAUCAUUUUCUCCCCUUGAACGGCUACAUUCUCCAUCAGCAUUCCACCGAUAUCGACGUAGCGAAUUUGGGAAAAAUUCUCAUUUAUUUCAUGAUCAUAAGCCUCGAAGUGUGGAUUCCUUCGCUACUAAUUUCAAUACAAAAUACAGUAGUGUUCCUGAAGCUCCAUUUGAAUCAGGCGAUGUUCGCAUGAUCGACCAACUUCGCAAUGAAGAGCAGGAAUAUAAUUGCAGCCGUGGCCGAGAUAAUUCCCAGAAGAUUUAUUGGCCUCGCUUCCGCCAACAUUCUGCUGAUGGUGGCGAUGCCUCAACGCUCCUUGGAGCCAGACGCACUCUCCCUGUUCUACACCGUUUUAUUAAUUAUCCAACAUGUGAUAAAAAAGAAAUUGGUCAACAUCUUCCUAUGACGACACACUUGCAAAGUUCGUUGCCUGCGUCUAUGUUGCGUGGCAAGUUAAAUGCACCUGAUGAAGCUUUCUUUGGUAACAGCUUCACGCGUUCUUUGCAGUACAUAGGCAGCAAGCUUUCGCCAAUAGAUUGCAUUCCUCUACUCGAGACACGACCAAAUGCUCAUUGUGGAAUUCAACUUUUCAAGUGUCAGUCUCGCGAAGAUCAUAUUUGAAGUUCUUCAGCCUAUAAUCGUGUACAAUUUUCUAAGCCAAAGUUUAGUUGUGCAUUUGAUAUGGCUUUUGAUUGUCAAUGAAUAGACUCAACUCUCAGAUAAGUUGUUGAAAAUAUUUGUUAUUCACCUGUUAUAUUUUUUUCCUGAGGAAUUUUUUAUGUUAUGUUGGAAGGUUGAAGCUAUGAUCCAGAGGAUUUUUUUUUGUUGUUGGCGAUAUUUCGUAGCGCCUGAAAUAUUGGUUAAGGACUUGUUAGACUCUGCACAAUUUCAUUUCUAUAACAAAGUUAUCUCUCUUCCAUAUGCCGUCCUAAUUAUUCUAUCAAAUUGAGUGCCGGUGCGUUAAAAUAUAAUCCCAAAUUCAAGUCACGCAAACUAGAUUUAUUUCGAACCCUAUUAUGCUUGCCACUCUCAUUUGACCUAAUCGUCGUGUUACGGGAUGCUGUUUCGAAUUUCAUUGACAUGAAAUGUUCAUACUUUUCAUUUACGAACUUUUUCACCUUGGCCUGAUUUCAUCGUGUUAUUUGGUUUUUAUUGAUGACCUCGCAUGUUGAUGUUGCUAGGUAUUUUUUCUCGUCUCACAUGACUCAAAGUACACUCUUUUGCCCUAUGUACGUGAAUACAAUAGGAAUUGCCACACUUGAUGGCUUAGCCGAGACUCCUUGUAAGGUAUGUAUUAAGUUAUUGAAUCCUGCACUUGGUGUUAAGUUCCCUAGCUUUCGUCUUCUCCAUGUAGAUUCGCACCAAGAGCUCUGAAAUAUUGACAUGUAUCCCAUUUUGGAUAUAAAAAUUAUCCUUUGCUGAUCGGUUCAUAAACUUUAUCGAGUAGUUUUUUUUUUUUUUUUUGGUUUUUGUACGCUAUUAUUAGAUGCUCGACACCAAUGUUGUCGGACGAGCAAGAUUGUGCAAUUGUGAUGCAAAUGAAGCACUUGGUUGAUUGUAUUGAUGAUGCCAUUUUUUGGGCUUGGCCUAAUUUUGGACUGAUGUCCUUGGUGAUUUUUAUAGAUGGUAAUGUGAUUCCAAUCCUAUUAAACCAUCAGUGUUAAGUGUUAACAUGUAAGAUUGAGAGAGGAAAUAUCUAUGUAGAGUUUAACGGUUAUGUUAUCGUACUUGAAAUGAAUAUAUAUCGAUCUUGGUGCCACUUCACUUGCAUGUCACUAGCUUAUGAGGAAACGAUGGUAUUGUUUGGGUGCUUUCAGAAAAUCGCCCCGUAUUUUUGAUGAAAUUUGCUCUUACUGCUAGUUACGCGCAUUACUGGUCAUUUUGAACUGUUUUGUCAUAUAACCAUACGAACAAAUGUAUUGUAAUGUACGUGUGAGCAAAUUUCUAGUAGGCAAUACAAAUACCCGCUCUUUAAGGAAUUUUUUCGGAAAUUUUUGGCGUUAUUGAGAGCUUCUUGAGGGUUUUACAGUUGCGCAAGAAUUCAUGCAGAGAUGAAGUUUUCUGUUAAGUUUCGUUUCUUGACUCACUCCAGCUCAUGAAUUUGAUCUCGUUACGAUUGUUUUUUAUUUACUCAGUUAUUCUAGUCGAUCAUAGUUCUUCAUUUACGACUGAACUAGAAACACGCCUCGUCCUGGAUCGUGUUAACUUACUUUGCCUAGUCUAAUAAGGGACAGAUCUCGUAAUAUUACUAGGAAUAAUUACAAUAUUUCUUUAUUAAAUAUAGAUAACUUAUAUGAACUACGAUCUCAUAACGCAUUACCUCCUGUACCUUCUAAUUUGUCAUACUUUCUGCGUUUUAAUUGCAGUGUCUAGUCGUCCUGAACUUGCCUUCACCAGGAAGUCGGCAGGAAAUAAGUUCAUUAGCUGCUAAUAUGUUUCGUUACUAGUCAACGAAAAAACGCAGAAUCCCAUUGUGUUCACAUCAUCGUCAUUAGCUUUUUAUAUUCCCGAAUAAUUUUUUAUGUCAAUCAAGA